CAUCCACAGGAGGGAACCAGUUCCUGCAACGUCUCUUGUAACAAAACGAAGGAAAGAACGAAGGAAAGGAAGAAACAGCCUCACCCCAUGAUGGCGGCCACCAUAGACAGCAAUUCCGUGCAGGCGGCCAAGAAAAAGCACCUCGGUAUCCCCGAAGCGGUCUUUGUGGAGGACGUGGACUCGUUCAUGAAGCUGCCCGGCAAUGAGAAAGCGGACUCGGCUCUGAGGAAGCUGGACGAGCAAUACCAGAAGUACAAAUACAUGGAAGUCAACCUGUUGCAGAAGAAGCUCAGGUUGAGGAACCAGAUCCCGCAGAUUAAACAGACGCUGGAAAUCCUGCGACACAUGCAGAAGAAGAAAGAUACCACAGAACCGAUGGAGACGCACUUCAUGUUGGCCGAUAACGUUUACUGCAAGGCUUCAGUCCCGCCCACUGACAAAGUUUGUCUCUGGCUCGGCGCGAACGUCAUGUUGGAGUACGACAUCGACGACGCCCGGGCCCUGCUGGAAAAGAACCUGGGCACCGCCGCGCGGAACCUGGAGACGCUAGAGGAGGAUCUGGAUUUCUUACGAGACCAGUUCACCACCACCGAAGUCAAUAUGGCACGGGUCUACAACUGGGACGUGAAGAGAAGGAGCAGAGAGAACCUCCUCAAAUCAGAAGACAAGUCUUAAUCUGGAGAAGACAAUUUAUGCCUCUUUUUUUUUUUUCUGGACUAUUUAUUUGUCUGUUACUUCUCCUUGAAAACACAGAGCCAUCCGAUUUGGGAUCGGAGAGAACGGACAUCGAAUUAAAGAUUCCCGACACGUGCAGUGUUCA